AUGCCGUUCACAGUACUCCUCGGCACGUCCGCUGAUCGACGCCUAUCCCAUCGCUCCUCCAAGUCUUCUCUGACGACCCCCUCGACCGAACCCCCCGAACCCCGUCUCGAAUACAUCCACGACGAGGCCCAGCUGCAGGACCCGCCCGAAGAAUGUCCCGAUCUCCGCGAGCUCAACAACAGCCUCGAGGCCCUGGCGGCCCUGUUUCCGAACGUCCAACCCGAGGUCUUCCGCGAGAUGCUGUCCAACUUUGACGGCGAAUCCAGACUCGCCGUCGUCGCCGAUGCGCUGCUGAAGAACCACGUCAACUGGGUCAAGGGCCGAUGGAGGACCAUCGAGGACAACGCCUCCCGCGAUGCCUCCCGCGAUGCCUCCAGCGAUGCCUCCAGCGAUGCCUCGCCAGCCGUUCCGACCGCCGUCCCGCACAAGGACGCCUUCCGCAGCGACGAGUACAAAAAGGCCGUCCAAGCCCUGGCCUGGACCGAGUUCAAGGGCCUGACGCGCGCCGCCGUCAACGCCGUGCUCGCCGAGUUCAACUAUUCCUAUCUCGACGCACGCAAGACCCUGCUCGACCUGUCGGCCAAGUCCUGGCGCUUCACCAUCUCGUCCCUCUUCUCCCGCCGCAAGCCCGCCACCGCCGGCGACGCCGAAAACCACCCCCUCGUCAUCUGGCGCUCCACCGGCCAGGGCUCCAUCACGCCGACGCUGCGCGCCACCGGACAUGCCGAGCUCGACCGCGAGCUGUACGACGAGCUCAUCCGCCCCCUGAAAGACCGCGCCCGCGCGACCCAGCUUGACAAGGACCGCGGCCUGGCCCGGGUGCUGAACAGCGAGGAGGCGAGGCCGUCGACGCCCUGCACGAGUGCUGCUGCUGCUUCACCGAGUCGACCUUUGAGGAGUUUACCCAGUGCAACGCCGACGCCCACAUGA